AUGGCCGCUAUCGAGAACCAAGCUGCAGCUUUAGACAAGAUGGCCGCGUCGGACGUUCCACUCGCCGAGGACCCUCUUCCUCCCGUACUGGGCCUCGUGACCAUUUGGAAGCAGGUCGUGCUCGCCCGCGCACCCGUCACCUUCGUCCGCUCCGCCUUCAAGGGUGCAGGCGGAAAGAAGGCUCGUGAGACGUUUGUCGACGUGAUCGCACGCGGCGGCGCAGAAUGGAUCCGCCUGUACAACCGAAAGGCAUCCGCCCUCCUCGCCGAGUUCAGGUUAGAAGAUAGCUACCUCACCGAGGACGAGGACGAGGAUGCUGGCCCUCCACCACCUAUCAGCAAUACCGUCACUCGACUUGUGGACGACCUCCUCGCUGCUGUGGCCGAGGCCGAGCGACCACCCGGAGCGGCUCGUCCGACCAUCACCCUCCGCAUCACUCGCAUUGAAGAGCACCCAGCUGGCGGCCACCCCGACCCGCGCAUCCCAGCAACCUUUGCUGCUGUGCGUGCUCGCGGUGUGAAACUCGUCUUUGGUGACCUCUCCGAGUUCUCCCUCUCGUCGCUACCGACGACUGUGCCGCCGCCACCCGUGGUCAGGCCCACUCGCCGUCUCAACCUCGACCCCACAGCGCUCAUGGGUCUCUGUUCUGACCUCGUGCAUUACCCAUUACCAAAGGACGAGGACGAAGCUGCUGCGCGCUACUUCCGCCCCGAGCACGCUCUCGAAUCGCAUGUCCAGGGCAAGGACUCGCGCUGCUUCAUCCCCAACGACAGGCUUGAAUGGCGGGCUCAGAGCAAGAACUCGGUCGAGCUGGUGCAUGGGCUCAUCGACGAAAUGGGCGCCCCUGUCAUUGAGCAAAUCCGGGACGCUCUCGAUGCGCUCGUGACUGUUGACCAGGCCAUCGAGUUUUGGGCCACCCGCAACGCUAUCAAGUAUGUUCAGGAGACCAUCUCGUCCGAGACCAUGAUCGGCGAGGGCGGUGAGCAGCGUCGCAUGCGCUGCCUGACCGGCUUGCAAGACGGCGACUUCUGGGAAGGGAGCCGUUACGAGGGCAAGGCUGGAGUUCUCACCGGGAUCAAGCUGCACGUCUUUGGGGAGCCAGAGACGUACCCUGCCGACUAUGACAGCUCGGAAGGCCGCCCGCCUCUCUGUCGCGAGGGCAUGACGAGCUUCCACACCUCAACAGCCGCCAUUGCCACCCAGCUGGUGGCCGAGUACCAUGCCCGUGUCUCGGGCCGCAUCGCCGCCCCGUCUACAUCCAUGGUUGUUCAGAAGCGGCUACCUGCCCCGCGUGUCGUCCACAUCUCCGUCCCUCUCCCCGUUGUGAGCCUCGAGAGCCUCGCCCACGGCUCAGCGGAGGGCAUGACGACACUGCUGUUAGGCCACGUCGUGUUUCGUGACCUCUUCAACCAGCCGCGCUGGCGCAUCAAUGGGUGGGCCCAGAGCAACUAUGAGACCGAGGACGACGAUAAACAGCGUCGCGAGAGCGAGAAAGUCAACGCCAACGGCAACGGUGAAGCCAACGGUAACGGUAACGACCACACUAGCCAGGUUCUCGACCCCGCCGCUGCCACGGGACCUGUCAACGCCGUCGCCUGGAUCUUACCUUACCGCCUCCUCGGCGAAGGCAAGCGCAUCAAGUUUGCAAAGGGCGACUACUCGUUCCCCAACUUCAUCAACCGCGGACCGGCGGCCAUGCGCGCUGCUCGGGAGGCAGCGUCGGGCACCCAGUCUCCUGCAUCUCCUGCAUCUUCCCGCCCCGUGUCCCCUGUACCCACAUAG